AUGCCAUCUUCUGCUGAAGCAGAGGAGCAAGACCGGACUCUGUUGCUGGACGUUGAAGAACCUGCUAGAUCUUUCCAUAUCCACAGGAGCUGUCGAACAUGGUGGCUGGCGGCAGGCUUUUUGCUCUUGGCAGCAUCUGCAGUACUGCUGGGCCACAACAUCACGGUUCGACUGAAGCAGGAUGCCCGUUCCGUGGAUGCGGAGAGACCCUCAAGGCUUGUCGCCGAUGAAGCCCUAUCAGCCCUGAAGACCGCGACGAAGGACACCUUGCUCAAGGCAAACACGUCAGAGCAUCCUGGACGACCAUCGCAUCAUCUAAGAGCCGCAGGAGUCUUGCAGGCGCCAGAGGCACAAUCUGCAAACGUGUCUGCAUCACCAGCAGCAGAAUGCAAGACAGCUGAACCUGGCGACAAGUGCUACAAGGCAGUCCUGUGGGCCAAAUGGAUCGGUCUUGUUGAACAUCCUGGCUGGUAUCAGGGUCUCGAUCGGACGACUGCGAAUAGACAUGCUAUUCAGGAGUGGCUAGCGGACAAUGGGCAAGGUGGUUGCAAGAAGCCAUGCGGUGGCUCCAUCGGUGGAUAUCCAUUGCCACCUCUGGACAAAGGCAAGCCGUCAUUGUAUUGUUUCUCUGUGGCCAGAAAGGGACCUGAAAUGGACAUAAUGUACAUGCAGCAGCAGAUCAGAAGCGGGAUAUUUGGGUGCGAUGGCUUUUCCGUCUACAGCGACAGCCACGUAAACAUUGAUGGCUUCCAGACGAAACUCAUUCCAUCCACUUAUGCUGGAGUAAGCCGGGACGGAUAUGCGGCCAACUCGCAGGUUUUCAUGAAAACUUGGAUGGCAAUCCUGACCGGCAGUGAGUGGUACAAGUACGACUUUAUUGCCAAGGUCGAUCCCGACUGCGUCUUUUUCCCGUCGCGGUUACGAGGACAUGUCGCCAAGUAUGUUGGCCAGAAUGUGUUCUUUCUGAACUGCGGCAAGUACAUUCCGGUCACUAUGUACGGGGCCCUCGAAGUCUUCUCGAAGUCUUCGCUGGGUGCGUACCUAUCGCAGCACGCAAGUUGCGAGCAGCGAUUCCCAUUUGGUGCUUGGGGCGAAGACAAGUACAUGACCAACUGUCUCGAAAGCCUGGGAAGCAAACCUGUUGUCGACUUUGGAAACUUCUUGCAUGAUGAGCGAUGUUGGGGCGUGGACUGUGGAAACAAGACUGUGGCACAGCCUUUCUUAGCACUCAGCGCUCCGCUUGAUCAUUGCGCUGAGCAUAGAAGUCAUAGAUCGCACGUCUUGAGAAGUGCAGAGCCGCAACGGCUGACGCGAAAGUCGAGCAUUUCGAGCUUCGCUGGAAGCCGUGCAGCGGUCCUCCUAGUGACUUGUUUAUAG